CACCUCUCCUAUGCUUUAGCUUUUGGUUGGAGCUUGGAGGAAGGGUUCAGGUUUCAGUCCUGCGAGGAGGGGGUUUGGCGCUGGGAGCGCAGCCUGGCCGGGUACCGAGCUCUCUCAUAUUUCUAUUUUUCUUCUUAAUUUGCUCUGUGAGUUUUUUGAGUUUUUCCAAAGCAGAGCAGAGGACUUGUACACCGGACCUGGACCCACGAUGAUGUGCAGCAGGCGACACUCUAUGGGGAGGUGAAGAUGAGCAGCUUUGCACCAUGUCUUAGCCGGGUGAUUUGUCUCCUCGCUGUGGCCGCGGUCUCCAGGUCGCUAUCUGCGCAUACAUGGGAGGAGGAAGGUGUCACAUAUGGGAGAAUUGGAGACAAUGUCACCUUGAAGUGCGACAGCAGAAAUGACAGUUCGGUGACGGAGUGGAGAUACAAUGGUUCCCCACAUGUCCCCUGGGGCCUCCUCACUAAUCCAGGAGACCUGCACCUUCCAAAUGUCGCCCAUUCAGUGAUGGGGAACUAUACCUGCCACAGCCAGUCGGGGGAGCUCCUGCGCUCCGUGCUGCUAAAGCUGGGAUAUCCACCCGGUAUUCCGUCUGUCACCUGCAGAGCUUCCGAUUAUCACAACUUUUCCUGCUAUUGGAAGCCGUCUGUGGACACUAUGCUGCCUACAAGAUACAUCACAUCCUAUCGGGAAGACAGGAACAGUCCAGAGAUCUGCCUGCAGGAUCCCAUCUAUCCCAACAUGUGCGCGGUGAGACACUCCAAGCUGUGGACCUCCUAUCAGAUGAACAUCACCGAGGAGAAUCCGCUGGGAUCCACCUUUAGGAUCCUGGAGUUUACCGUGCACUCUAUCGUGAAGCCGGACCCCCCGGAAAUCUUGUCUGCGGACGCCAUCCCUUUUGCACCCAGGCGGUUACUUGUUACGUGGACAUACCCAUCCACGUGGCCCCAGGAGCCACACUUCAAGCUGAAAUUCCGGCUACAGUACAGACCUGUACUUCACAUGUACUGGUCCAUGGUGGAGACGGCCAACCUGUCAGACAUUAUCACUGACGCAUUCAUUGGCGCGGAACACAUUCUUCAGGUCAGCGCCAGAGACUUCCUGGAUGCCGGCAACUGGAGCGAUUGGAGUGUGGAAGCCAGAGCCACGCCGUGGACUAUGUCAGCCUUGGAGGACAGUAAUACAACCACUAAGGAAGAUCCGGACCCACACAUACAGGAAUCAUUUGUGCCAGACUCAGAGCUCAGCAAUAAAACCACUACGGAAGAGCCGGAACCUCAAGUCCAGGAACCAUUUGACCAGAAUGACUCCGUGGAGAAGGUGGUGAUCCUGAUAUCUCUGGGGAUUUUCGGCUUUGUGGUUCUCGUCCUUUUUUUGAUUUUCGGAGCCCUGAUCUGGGUGAGAGUGGGAAGGACAGUCAAGGACAGCGGUAUAAAGAUGAACUUUCUGUCCGCCAUUCACCUGAAGACUCUGCCAAAAAGCCAAAUCUUGUAGUUACCUUGAAGAAAGGGAUACAAUCUGGUACCUGACUGAAGGAAACAGCGCCUGCAUAGAUGUACCUACUCCUGCCGAGAUGGGAAGGAAUUAGAGAGUGUCCUUCUAUAGAACGUGAGAGCUGCAGACUAUCACUGCCACGUACAGAAACUCGGAGCUGCAGGCUGUCACAGCCACGUACAGUAACGUGGAGCUGCAGACUAUCACAGCCACGUACAGUAACUCGGAGCUGCAGACUAUCACUGCCACGUACAGUAACUCAGAGCUGCAGGCUAUCACAGCCACGUACAGUAACUCGGAGCUGCAGUCUAUCACAACCACGUACAGGAACUCGGAGCUGCAGACUACCACAGCCACGUACAGUAACUCAGAGCUGCAGACUAUCACAGCCUCGUACGGUAACUCAUCCUGCUCAUCAGACGGAAACUCGUCCUGGCUUAACCUUCCAGACAGAGAUCACGUAUCAGACCGAUGAGUCCUGGCCAGGCCGCUAUGGUCCAUAUGAACAACCAUUGCUGCUAUAUCAUAAACUUUCCUUCACACUGCAGAGCGUCAUGCCCCCGUCCUGCUCUCACGCGCCAGCACUUAUUGUACGGACGCUAUGAACGCGCUGCGCGGUGUCUGGGAGACAGUGAUGUGGUUUGUGACAUUCAGAAGCUUUGUUUCCUUCCUGUCAUUAUGUCUAUGGAUUUACACACAAUCCGUUAUACAGUAAGCAGUUCGUAAAGCUAAACUGGGGUGAGGGGGGCCCUCGUAUCCCAGGAGCCCCCUGUGCCUUUCCCACACCCCCAGUCUGUAUGUCAUCAUGUGGAUAUUAGUUAUUAUGUGUCCUGGGUGAUGCCAGCAAUACACUGCCAUAUUUCUUCUAUUAUUAUUUUAGAGACUUGUAAAAAAAAAAUCCUUUUACAUCUUUCAUUGUGACUGUGUAAUAGAAGAUAGCCUAUGCUGCCAUUUACUAACCCGGGGUAACCCGCAUUAUGUGUCACUCCUCUGAUUUCCCUCAUGUUGUGUGACUGCGCUGACAUCCUCCCUGCUAUGUGACUGCUCUGACAUCAUCUGUGCUGUGUGACUGCUCUGAUCUCCUCCCUGCUGUGUGACUGCUCUGACAUCCUCUGUGCUGUGUGACUGCUCUGAUCUCCUCCCUGCUGUGUGACUGCUCUGACAUCCUCUGUGCUGUGUGACUGCUCUGAUCUCCUCCCUGCUGUGUGACUGCUCUGACAUCCUCUGUGCUGUGUGACUGCUCUGAUCUCCUCCCUGCUGUGUGACUGCUCUGACAUCAUCUGUGCUGUGUGACUGCUCUGAUCUCCUCCCUGCUGUGUGACUGCUCUGACAUCAUCUGUGCUGUGUGACUGCUCUGAUCUCCUCCCUGCUGUGUGACUGCUCUGACAUCAUCUGUGCUGUGUGACUGCUCUGAUCUCCCUGCUGUGUGACUGCUCUGACAUCCUCUGUGCUGUGUGACUCCUCUGAUCUCCUCCCUGCUGUGUGACUGCUCUGACAUCAUCUGUGCUGUGUCACUGCUCUGAUCUCCUCCCUGCUGUGUGACUGCUCUUAUCUCCUCCCUGCUGUGUGACUGCUCUGACAUCCUCUGUGCUGUGUGACUGCUCUGAUCUCCUCCCUGCUGUGUGACUGCUCUGACAUCCUCUGUGCUGUGUGACUGCCCUGAUCUCCUCCUUGCUGUGUGACUGCUCUGAUCUCCUCCCUGCUGUGUGACUGCUCUGACAUCCUCUGUGCUGUGUGACUGCUCUGAUCUCCUCCCUGCUGUGUGACUGCUCUGACAUCAUCUGUGCUGUGUGACUGCUCUGAUCUCCUCCCUGCUGUGUGACUGCUCUGAUCUUCUCCCUGCUGUGUGACUGCUCUGACAUCAUCUGUGCUGUGUGACUGCUCUGAUCUCCUCCCUGCUGUGUGACUGCUCUGAUCUCCUCCCUGCUGUGUGACUGCUCUGACAUCCUCUGUGCUGUGUGACUGCUCUGACAUCCUCUGUGCUGUGUGACUGCUCUGAUCUCCUCCACGCUGUGUGACUGCUCUGAUCUCCUCCACGCUGUGUGACUGCUCUGAUCUCCUGUAUAUUCUGCGUGACUGCUCUGAUCUCCCCUGUGCUGUGUGACUGCUCUGAUCUCCUGUAUUCUGUGUGACUGCUCUGAUCUCCUGUAUUCUGUGUGACCGCUCUGAUCUCCCCUGAGCUGUGUGACCGCUGAUCUCCCCUGUGCUGUGUGACCGCUGAUCUCCCCUGUGCUGUGUGACCGCUCUGAUCUCCUGUAUUCUGUGUGACCGCUCUGAUCUCCCCUGUGCUGUGUGACCGCUGAUCUCCCCUGUGCUGUGUGACUGCUCUGAUCUCCCCUGUGCUGUGUGACCGCUGAUCUCCCCUGUGCUGUGUGACCGCUGAUCUCCCCUGUGCUGUGUGACCGCUCUGAUCUCCCCUGUGCUGUGUGACUGCUCUGAUCUCCCCUGUGCUGUGUGACCGCUCUGAUCUCCCCUGUGCUGUGUGACCGCUCUGAUCUCCUGUAUUCUGUGUGACUGCUCUGAUCUCCCCUGUGCUGUGUGACCGCUCUGAUCUCCCCUGUGCUGUGUGACUGCUCUGAUCUCCUGUAUUCUGUGUGACCGCUCUGAUCUCCCCUGUGCUGUGUGACCGCUGAUCUCCCCUGUGCUGUGUGACCGCUGAUCUCCCCUGUGCUGUGUGACCGCUGAUCUCCCCUGUGCUGUGUGCCCGCUCUGAUCUCCUGUAUUCUGUGUGACCGCUCUGAUCUCCUGUAUUCUGUGUGACUGCUCUGAUCUCCUGUAUUCUGUGUGACCGCUCUGAUCUCCCCUGUGCUGUGUGACCGCUGAUCUCCCCUGUGCUGUGUGACCGCUGAUCUCCCCUGUGCUGUGUGACCGCUCUGAUCUCCUGUAUUCUGUGUGACCGCUCUGAUCUCCCCUGUGCUGUGUGACCGCUGAUCUCCCCUGUGCUGUGUGACUGCUCUGAUCUCCCCUGUGCUGUGUGACCGCUGAUCUCCCCUGUGCUGUGUGACCGCUGAUCUCCCCUGUGCUGUGUGACCGCUCUGAUCUCUCCUGUGCUGUGUGACUGCUCUGAUCUCCCCUGUGCUGUGUGACCGCUCUGAUCUCCCCUGUGCUGUGUGACCGCUCUGAUCUCCUGUAUUCUGUGUGACUGCUCUGAUCUCCCCUGUGCUGUGUGACCGCUCUGAUCUCCCCUGUGCUGUGUGACCGCUCUGAUCUCCUGUAUUCUGUGUGACUGCUCUGAUCUCCUGUAUUCUGUGUGACCGCUCUGAUCUCCCCUGUGCUGUGUGACUGCUGAUCUCCCCUGUGCUGUGUGACAGCUGAUCUCCCCUGUGCUGUGUGACCGCUGAUCUCCCCUGUGCUGUGUGACCGCUCUGAUCUCCUGUAUUCUGUGUGACCACUCUGAUCUCCCCUGUGCUGUGUGACCGCUGAUCUCCCCUGUGCUGUGUGACCGCUCUGAUCUCCCCUGUGCUGUGUGACCGCUCUGAUCUCCCCUGUGCUGUGUGACUGCUGUGAUCUCCCCUGUGCUGUGUGACUGCUGUGAUCUCCCCUGUGCUGUGUGACCGCUCUGAUCUCCCCUGUGCUGUGUAACCGCUGUGAUCUCCCCUGUGCUGUGUGACCGCUCUGAUCUUCCCUGUGCUGUGUGACCGCUCUGAUCUCCCCUGUGCUGUGUGACCGCUCUGAUCUCCCCUGUGCUGUGUGACCGCUCUGAUCUCCCCUGUGCUCUGUGACCGCUCUGAUCUCCCCUGUGCUGUGUGACUGCUGUGAUCUCCCCUGUGCUGUGUGACUGCUGUGAUCUCCCCUGUGCUGUGUAACCGCUGUGAUCUCCCCUGUGCUGUGUGACCGCUCUGAUCUUCCCUGUGCUGUGUGACCGCUCUGAUCUCCCCUGUGCUGUGUGACCGCUCUGAUCUCCCCUGUGCUGUGUGACCGCUCUAAUCUCCCCUGUGCUCUGUGACCGCUCUGAUCUCCCCUGUGCUCUGUGACCGCUCUGAUCUCCCCUGUGCUGUGUGACUGCUGUGAUCUCCCCUGUGCUGUGUGACUGCUGUGAUCGCCCCUGUGCUGUGUGACUGCUCUGAUCUCCUGUAUUCUGUGUGACCGCUCUGAUCUCCCCUGUGCUGUGUGACCGCUCUGAUCUCCCCUGUGCUGUGUGACCGCUCUGAUCUCCCCUGUGCUGUGUGACCGCUGAUCUCCCCUGUGCUGUGUGACUGCUCUGAUCUCCCCUGUGCUGUGUGACCGCUCUGAUCUCCCCUGUGCUGUGUGACCGCUCUGAUCUCCUGUAUUCUGUGUGACCGCUCUGAUCUCCCCUGUGCUGUGUGACCGCUGAUCUCCCCUGUGCUGUGUGACCGCGCUGAUCUCCCCUGUGCUGUGUGACCGCUCUGAUCUCCCCUGUGCUGUGUGACCGCUCUGAUCUCCACUGUGCUGUGUGACCGCUGAUCUCCCCUGUGCUGUGUGACCGCGCUGAUCUCCCCUGUGCUGUGUGACCGCGCUGAUCUCCCCUGUGCUGUGUGACUGCUCUGAUCUCCUGUAUUCUGUGUGACCGCGCUGAUCUUCCCUGUGCUGUGUGACCGCUCUGAUCUCCCCUGUGCUGUGUGACUGCUCUGAUCUCCUGUAUUCUGUGUGACCGCGCUGAUCUCCCCUGUGCUGUGUGACCGCUCUGAUCUCCCCUGUGCUGUGUGACCGCUCUGAUCUCCUGUAUUCUGUGUGACCGCUCUGAUCUCCUGUAUUCUGUGUGACCGCUCUGAUCUCCCCUGUGCUGUGUGACCGCUCUGAUCUCCCCUGUGCUGUGUGACCGCUGAUCUCCCCUGUGCUGUGUGACCGCUCUGAUCUCCCCUGUGCUGUGUGACCGCUGAUCUCCCCUGUGCUGUGUGACCACGCUGAUCUCCCCUGUGCUGUGUGACCGCGCUGAUCUCCCCUGUGCUGUGUGACCGCGCUGAUCUCCCCUGUGCUGUGUGACCGCGCUGAUCUCCCCUGUGCUGUGUGACCGCUCUGAUCUCCCCUGUGCUGUGUGACCGGUCUGAUCUCCCCUGUGCUGUGUGACCGCUCUGAUCUCCCCUGUGCUGUGUGACCGGUCUGAUCUCCCCUGUGCUGUGUGACCGGUCUGAUCUCCCCUGUGCUGUGUGACCGCUCUGAUCUCCCCUGUGCUGUGUGACCGCUGAUCUCCCCUGUGCUGUGUGACCACGCUGAUCUCCCCUGUGCUGUGUGACCGCGCUGAUCUCCCCUGUGCUGUGUGACCGCGCUGAUCUCCCCUGUGCUGUGUGACCGCUCUGAUCUCCCCUGUGCUGUGUGACCGCUCUGAUCUCCCCUGUGCUGUGUGACCGCUCUGAUCUCCUGUAUUCUGUGUGACUUUACCCAUCUCUUCUAUAUAUUAUGUGACUGUAACCUUCUCCCGUAUACUGAGUGAUGACUGUACCCCAUCUCCUGUGUACUGUGGAACUAUACCCAUAUAUUGGGACUGUACCAAUGUCCUCCAUGUUUGUGAUCUUCCAGUCUGUGUAGUGUUUUGCUCCUGUUGAUCAUCUCCAUAUUAUGCAUUUCUCUGUUCAGCCUAUAGCUAUAACUGUAUAUAUUACCCACGUUGCAUAGAGAGCACUUAUGUAGAGUUAUUAUGUAGCACAGUCUGUUCAUGCAGAAUUACCACGGAUACCAGCAGUGAAUGUAAGACGGCUGCGCACAUCCUCACUACCUGGCAUAGAAUUCAUUGUCUUCUGUGUGGGAGAUUUCCUCCUUGAACUGAUUGCACAGACUGUAUUGUCUGCUGCUGCUGCUGGUGGUGAGUACCAGAGUUACAUACUGUAUACCGGGGAACCCACAACCUUUAGGACAGCUAGUUAAGCUAUAGGCAACUAAGGGAACACUUCCGACAAGCUAGAUCCAGUACUGGGGCAUUAUAUGGACACACAACUUUGUACAGACUGUUACAAUCAGUGAUGAAUGUUACAUAUUUCAACUUUUUUGUAUAUUUAUCAGCAAAACCUACUCGUAUAUUGGAAACAAUUUACCCCAAUUAGGGCACAAUCCGGUUACCCUGCAUAUGGAUUUUAUGUUUGCCCUGCAGGUGCACCAGCGGAAUCUCUUGGUCAGAUCUGUAACCAGUCUGCAGUAAGGAAAUGUUUUAUUACUGGCUUCCAGAAGGACGAGAGUCAGAUCUCCUGUCCUGGAAGGUUUCAUAACCCUGGCGGCAUCUUGUUGGGACCGUGAUAAUUUCUGCAGGAAAGCUGUAACAGAUCUGACUGUAAUAUUGAUUGCUCCUAUUAUUAUCGGGACCUGUGCUAGGUGAUUGGCUUCUCUAAGAGGACACAUCCAUGCAUACAACUAAACAGAUAGUAAAGUUAUUCACCAGUUGGGUUGUUACCAGAGACCUUAGUAUGCAUUGGAACUGUUUGGAGCCUUUUAAACGUCCAACAUUCAUCAACCGGCCUGCAUUGCUGUGAUCGUACAGCCUGGGAAAUCACAUUGGACGGAUGGCGCCAUUCCCCUGUCUGGAUAUAUGGUGACUGUUAGUUAUUUUAUUGUGGCCCCUAAACUGAUGACAGUAUCCGAUUUGCCUUUCCAUGUUUGAAGUUAAAGUGGUCACAUAUUACCGAUUACCAUCUGGUCAGUUUAUAUUCCCCCACAGCGACCGGACAUGAUAAAGACGCUCCCUCCGCUCAGUCACGGCGAUGGAAAUACCAACCGAGCCGACAGAUGGAAAUGGUGAUCACGCCACAUGUGUGUUCUGAGCAAAGCGUUGAAAGCAAUUAUAUAUAGCAUUGCUUCCCUCUACCUCUUCAUUGCCAAGCCUACGUUAUCGUAUUUUCCCUCCACGUAUAGAGAUUAUGGGGAUGCCGCUGCACAAAUGAGGCGACCUUUCACAUUUCCCUCGGAACCAGGGGUGUUUUUUCCAUGGGGUAAUAAGAUAUGAGCAGCGAUACAGUUCACGACCUCUCACCCCUAUUAACCGCAUUAGCACAUAAAGCCAGUUGAUGCAAUGGCGCUUAAUUAUGACGUGCGUUGCUAGAGCUGCGCUAAAACAAGUAAUGCAUGAUGUAUAUGUUCCCACAGCUGCUGUGUCACACUUCCAGCUCAUAACCAAGGUCUGUACGAGUCGGCUUGCUGGCGUUUGUGCGCCGUACAAAAGGCCGCAUAAUGGAUUGGGACAUUCUGUAGGAAUUGCAACACUACCUUCAUGUACAAAGUUCUGCAGAUCUUUCCCACACCACAAACAGACCGUUCCCGUGUUAGGCGGGCUCCGGAGGUGUCGUUACUAUGGUAUUUUAGCAGAAAGCGGUUUGUGCGCCCACCUGCAGGUUGUGCGAAUAUUAUCACAAAAAUGUCUCUGACCACGUUUGGAUUUAACACAUCACAGCGUCAUCCGUUCUUUCUCCAGGUACGUCAUGUCAACCAAGAUGGGCAAAAAAAUCUCUUCCUGUGUAACUUAAGGGUGAUUUAUUGUGGGGUGGGCGCCAGGACACACGGGGAAACAUCCCGUACCUGUGUCAGCGACACUUAGCGUCAAGAGCAUUUCUGCAAGCUGCAGCCGCCAUACCAGGGUGAGUGUAACGGUUACACCCGGGGGGGAGGGGGAGAAUUAACCGUCUGCCCGCCAUCAAUAAUCCUCAUUUCUGUUUGUAGGGACGCUUGUAUAUAAGCUUAAUGCUACAUAUGGGCAGUAUCUGUCCACUUGGAACAUGGUAUAAAUCUGUAUAUGUAAGUUAGAUGUUUGUUAGUUACUGCGUGAUUUGUGACAUCAUUGUAUGGAUUUAUGUAUUGGAGAUUGUAUUCAGACUCAUACUGGUCCUAUCAUUACAAGAAUAAAAUAUUAGUGGAAAUGAUACAAAUAUU